CAUCUCCCGGGCAGGCCUCCAGCACCUGGCUCCUGCACAGCCUCUCAGUCUUCCUGUGGCAAAUGGUCCAGCGAAGGAGCCCAGAGCAACUCUGGACUGGAGUGAGAAUGCUGUGAAUGGAGAACACCUGUGGCUGGAGACCAACGUCUCGGGAGACCUCUGCUACCUGGGGGAAGAGAACUGCCAAGUGAGAUUUGCAAAAUCUGCUCUCAGGAGGAAAUGUGCCGUCUGUAAAAUCGUUGUCCACACCGCCUGCAUCGAGCAGCUAGAAAAGAUUAAUUUCAGAUGUAAACCAACAUUCCGAGAAGGAGGCUCAAGGUCACCAAGAGAAAAUUUUGUGCGUCAUCACUGGGUGCACAGGCGUCGGCAGGAGGGAAAAUGUAAGCAGUGUGGCAAGGGCUUCCAGCAAAAGUUCUCCUUCCACAGUAAAGAGAUUGUGGCUAUCAGCUGUUCCUGGUGCAAGCAGGCGUUUCACAAUAAGGUGACCUGCUUCAUGCUGCAUCACAUUGAGGAACCCUGCUCCCUGGGGGCUCAUGCUGCUGUUAUUGUCCCACCCACCUGGAUCAUUAAGGUGAAGAAACCUCAGAGCAGCUGUCUCUUUCUUUCCCUUUACUCCCUCAAGGCUUCUAAUCGGAAGAAGAAGAGAACAAGCUUUAAGAGAAAAGCUAGUAAAAGAGGAACUGAAGUAAGUGAAAACAAAGGUCGUCCUUUUGUGAUAAAACCUAUCUCUUCUCCUCUCAUGAAACCCUUGCUUGUGUUUGUAAAUCCCAAGAGUGGAGGCAACCAGGGAACCAAAGUCCUGCAGAUGUUCAUGUGGUACCUGAAUCCACGGCAAGUCUUUGAUCUUUCUCAGGAAGGACCAAAAGAUGCGCUUGAGUUGUACAGAAAAGUGCCAAAUCUGCGAAUUCUGGCGUGUGGUGGGGAUGGAACGGUGGGCUGGAUCCUUUCCAUCCUGGAUGAACUGCAGCUGAGUCCUCAGCCACCUGUGGGGGUCCUUCCUCUGGGGACUGGGAAUGACCUGGCUCGAACUCUCAACUGGGGAGGGGGCUACACUGAUGAACCUGUGUCUAAGAUCCUAUGCCAAGUGGAAGAUGGGACGAUUGUACAGCUAGAUCGCUGGAACCUCCAUGUGGAAAGAAACCCAGACCUGCCUCCAGAAGAGCUUGAAGAUGGUGUGUGUAAGCUUCCUUUGAAUGUUUUCAAUAAUUACUUCAGCCUCGGAUUCGAUGCUCAUGUCACACUGGAGUUCCAUGAAUCCAGAGAAGCAAAUCCAGAGAAAUUCAACAGUCGUUUUCGAAAUAAAAUGUUCUAUGCAGGGGCAGCUUUUUCUGAUUUCCUUCAGAGGAGUUCUAGAGAUCUAUCCAAACAUGUUAAAGUUGUCUGUGAUGGAACAGAUCUUACCCCAAAGAUUCAGGAACUGAAAUUCCAGUGUAUAGUGUUUUUAAAUAUUCCCAGAUAUUGUGCUGGUACCAUGCCCUGGGGAAACCCAGGGGACCACCAUGACUUUGAGCCUCAGCGUCAUGAUGAUGGCUAUAUCGAGGUCAUUGGCUUCACCAUGGCAUCCUUGGCUGCCCUGCAAGUUGGAGGCCAUGGAGAAAGGCUGCACCAGUGCCGAGAAGUCAUGCUUCUAACUUACAAGUCUAUCCCCAUGCAAGUGGAUGGGGAGCCGUGCAGGUUGGCGCCAGCCAUGAUUAGGAUCUCCUUGCGGAAUCAGGCUAACAUGGUGCAGAAGAGCAAGAGGAGGACAUCCAUGCCUUUACUCAAUGAUCCCCAGUCUGUCCCAGAUCGCCUGAGGAUCCGAGUGAACAAAAUCAGUUUACAAGACUAUGAAGGAUUCCACUAUGACAAAGAGAAACUCCGGGAAGCCUCCAUACCUCUGGGUAUUCUAGUUGUGCGUGGAGACUGUGAUUUGGAGACUUGUCGUAUGUACAUAGACCGCCUACAAGAGGAUCUGCAGUCAGUUUCUUCUGGCUCCCAGAGAGUUCAUUACCAGGACCACGAAACCUCCUUCCCCAGGGCGCUUUCAGCUCAAAGGCUCUCUCCUCGGUGGUGCUUCCUAGACGCAACUUCUGCUGAUCGCUUUUAUCGGGCAGACAGAUCUCAGGAACAUUUGCACUUUGUGAUGGAGAUUUCUCAAGAUGAGAUUUUUAUUCUGGACCCAGAUAUGGUGGUGUCACAGCAGGCAGGGACACCUCCUGGCAUGCCAGAUCUUGUGGUGGAGCAAGCCUCGGGGAUAUCAGACUGGUGGAAUCCUGCCCUCCGGAAACGCAUGCUGAGUGACAGUGGGCUGGGAAUGAUAGCUCCCCAUUAUGAGGACUCAGAUAUGAAAGACCUCAGCCACUCCCAUGCGCUACAGUCACCAGUCUCUUCAGAAGAUCAUGCGAUUUUGCAGGCGGUAAUAACUGGUGAUCUUAUGAAGCUAAUAGAAAGUUAUAAAAAUGGAGGCAGCCUGCUAAUUCAGGGACCAGACCACUGUUCACUCCUUCACUACGCAGCUAAAGCCGGCAACGGGGAAAUUGUGAAAUAUAUCCUUGACCAUGGACCUUCCGAGUUAUUGGAUAUGGCAGACAGCGAAACGGGUGAGACCGCACUGCACAAGGCUGCCUGCCAGCGGAACCGGGCUGUGUGCCAGCUUCUGGUGGACGCGGGGGCAUCUCUGAGAAAGACGGACUCCAAGGGUAACACACCUCAAGACAGAGCACAGCAGGCUGGGGACCCAGAUUUGGCUGCUUACCUAGAAAGCCGUCAGAACUAUAAGAUCAUUGGUCAUGAGGACCUGGAAACUGCUGUUUGACCCUGGUAGACAGGCCAAGGGAACGUGAGUGAGCAUAUCACCUGUGCCCACCUGGUGAUCGGGCAGCUCCCUGGAAGAAGAUGAUGGAAUCCGUCUAUCUGUCUCUCUCCUACAAGAAUCUAUCUGAGACCAUGCCACCAGUUUUUAAGGGCUACCAAGAUGUACAAUGAAACAUGAUAGCCCAUUAAGAAGGAGGCAGGAUACCUGGAGAUCUGUGGAUUAUGAGUUGCACAAAAUUUGAUCCUUAUUGCUUCCAGCAAGUAGCAUGAACUUCUGUGUUCACCUGUAUCAUUUAUUUUAAAGAUUCAAGGAUGUCCAUAUACAUGGCACUGCCCACGCUCUCCUACUCAUUCAUCUUUCCCCCUAUACCACACAGAGCUCCUGUAACUAUCCAUCAACUAAAAAUAUAUAUAGCAUCUCUACUCUUUACAUUCAGUCUUUGAAGACCACCAGAUUGUCUGAAAGUCUAUUAAAACCCUCUGGAUGUCCCACAGAAGCAUAACUGCAAAACCACUUCCAUUUCCAAGACUAAAUAUACCGAGACUCCUUAGUGACUCUGCAUGCCCCACACCCCUCCUGUUUCACAAUAUGGGAGCUGGGAAGUGCCACAUGGAUAAUGUCAACUUGUGUGCUGUAUCUCUGCGGUAUGGUGAGGUGGCAUGGGGGCUGUCUGUGCUCGGAGGUACCUCAAAAAAGUAGCCAGGGGUCAGCCCUGUCUGCUGGGCUGCUCCUGAGAGCCAUGCAGGACUGGUUCAGCUUGGGCUGUUUGUGCAGCUCUGUACUGCCUAUGUGUAGCCUCUUUGCCUUUCGCUGCAAUACAGAUGAGCAAAGGAAUAAACAAAGGCCCAUAGCUAGUUUGCAGACCAUUCAAUUUUAAGUGCUGUUUAAAUUGCAGAGCAGAAAACCAUGUGUGGGAACUGUGGUUACCGGAAAUGGAGCCCUCUGACAACAUUUACUUCUAAACUUUGUGGAGUGAUAAUAGAAAGCAGCCUAAUUGACUUGAAAAAAAAAAAAAGAUGAAAAACAAAAACUGGCAAUGCAAAAAUAACAACAUAUGUCAAGAUAACAUACGUAAGCAAGAAAGCAGUCAUUGAAAUGUUGCCCAGAGGCCAAUAACUGUAGAUUCCUGAUACAAUGGAGACAGGGCCCAUUUUAGUAUUUCUUCUAGGUUUUUGGCUCUCAUUAUUCCAAGUAAGCCUUGACACAAGGACAAAGCCUUGUAUAAUGAGUUCCACUGCCAGUUUUCCGAGAUGCCUGGAUCUUUCUGAUGGACGCUUCAUCUAUUAACUGUCAGGUCCCAAGGUCAUGCCUGACAAGUCCAUUUUUCACGGAUAGGGUAGUUUAAUAUAUUCUUUUUCUACUUUAUUCUCCCUUAUCAUAAAGUUCUUAGUAAAAACUAAUAUGGCCAUCUAGCCAGAAACAUCUGUCUGGCAGUGGAAGCGCAUUAUGUAAUCUUGCUGUGGACAAGAUGGUACUUAUAGGUGCCCUUAUUAGGGAAUCUGUGAUAAACGAAAAUAUCAGGCGAAAACGUUUUCAUAAUUUCUGUUCAAGUCUCUAUUUGACUUGCUUCUGGGUGAAAACUAAAAGUGGAUGUCCAAGGGUUUUGCUUCUGGCUAAAUCUGAUGUCUCCUGAGCUUCCUUCUGUAUUGCCGUUGGACACAGUAAAGUGCUUCCCAGGAGUUUCUGCACAUGACCAUAAACGACCGUUUCUCUCCAUUUAAUUUAAAGGUCUGGUGGUAACACGUCACUUACCUGAAUCACACUGGUCACGUAUCAUUUGGAAAGGAUGGAUAUGAUACACUAUAUUAAGUAGGGACAGCCUUUCAGUGGAUGGGGAUUUUAUUACCACAGUCUCUCCAUGGUCAUUUCAAAAUCAAAUUGCUGGCCUUAUUUCUAGCUGUGGGAGAAAGGGUUGGUUGUAAGUAAUUUAUUUCCAUAUAUCAGUCUCAGAAAUGGAACUAUCUUUUGGAUUUUACAGUAAAUGGAGUAGGGGCCAUGGUAGAUUGUUUCCAGAAGCUGGAAAAAAAUAUGCUCCAGGAGAAUUUAAUUGCUGGGCUUAUGCUGGGAGCUGUUCAGCUGGUGAGACUGUCAAGAAAUGUUGUGAUGACAGAAAUAUAAUAUAAUCCUCAAAACAGACUGGAAUCUGGCUUUGAAUGGUGCCUUCCAUUCCCUGGAUUGGACAGAAAUUUGGCUAAGCAGUCAGUUACCCAACUGCCACUGCUGAGAUGAAGAACUCAAUUUUCAUCAACUCCCAUCUCACAUUUCUCUGUGACUGCUUCAAAGCAGGAAAUUUAGAGUACAGGUGGCUAUGGGCCAAUUCAAAUAGCUCCAAUUAAAGACACAAAUAAAUCCCUGGUUGGAAAAUACAUGAGGCGCUGACUACUGUAAGGAUCUUGGUACAUUUGGAAAUUAUUCCAAACCAAGAAAAUAUAUAUGUAAGUAUUAGAGUCCGAUGUUA